AUGGCUUCCAGAGCCGCAGCAGGCGCCCGUCCCGGUGCGAGGUUCGCUCAGUUCAAGCUGGUCCUGCUCGGAGAAUCUGCGGUCGGAAAGAGUUCGCUCGUGUUGAGAUUCGUUAAAGAUCAAUUCGAUGAUUACCGAGAAUCCACCAUUGGCGCUGCCUUCCUUACACAGACCAUCUCGUUGGACGAAAGCACGACAGUCAAAUUUGAAAUCUGGGACACCGCCGGUCAGGAACGUUACAAGUCGCUGGCUCCCAUGUACUAUCGGAAUGCGAACUGCGCCGUCGUCGUCUACGACAUCACACAAGCGUCAUCGUUGGACAAGGCCAAGUCGUGGGUGAAGGAACUCCAGCGUCAAGCGAACGAGAACAUUGUCAUCGCUCUGGCGGGCAACAAGUUGGAUCUCGCUACGGAGCAGCCGGACAAGCGUGCGAUCCCGACGGCCGAUGCCGAGGCCUAUGCCCGCGAGGCCGGCCUCCUCUUCUUUGAGACCUCCGCCAAGACCUCGUCGAAUGUACGGGAGCUGUUCACCGCGAUCGCAAAGAAACUGCCGCUCGACCAAGCGGGCCCGAGAAACCUGCGCACGAACCCGCGGCCCGGCGUGGACCUGCGGCCGGAGGCUCCCGGCACCCAGGGGGCGGGAGCUUGCCAAUGUUAA